AUGGUGCUGAGCUUCAGAUGUGUGAAACAACCAGCUCAACAACGGGUCGCGUCUGUCAAGUCCGCUAUCACGAAUUAUGGAAGCAAGAAGCAGUGGCUUGCCGCGCUGGCGCUGUUCCGAGAUACCGUGCGGUCGCGCAUGCAACUGUGUACAAUUUUGUACAAUGUUGCGAUAAGCGCAUGCGGGAGGGGCAAACAAUGGCAGCAGGCGUUGUUGUUGUUGAGCGAGGUGUCGGCAAGUGCCUUAGAACCUGAUGCCAUCAGCUAUUCGGCUGGAGUCAGCGCGUGUGCGAAAGGCGGGCACUGGCGGCAAGCGUCAUUGUUGUUGAGCGACUUACACGAAGCUUUUUUGGAGACGAACAUAAUUGGAGAGCGCUUGCAUCGCUGCCUGCGCCAACGGCGGGCAGUGGCAGUGGGCCUUGACGAUGCUGCGCGGCGCGUGGAAGGUGGCGCUGGAGCCGAAUACAAUUUCUUCUUCAGCUACAACGCUGCGAUCAGCGCGUGUGAGAAAGGUGCGCAGUGGCAGCAGGCGCUGGCCUUGCUGAGGGAGCUGUGUGAGAAGAGACUGGAUCCGACCGUCGUCAGCUACAGCGCCGCAGUCAGCGCGUGCGGAAGCGUCGGGGAGUGGGAGGACGCGCUAUCGUUGUUGGGCGAGUUGCGGGAAACAAACUUGGAGCUGGACGUCAUUCGCGGACGCUGGAAUCACCGCGUGCGAGAGGGGCGGGCGGUGGGAGCAGGCGCUGGCGCUGCUGAGGGGCAUCUGGGAGGCCGAGCUCGAGCCAGGAGUGGUCAGCUUCAACGCCGGGGUCAGCGCGUGCGCCGCAGGCGGGCAGUGGCAGCGUGCCCUGUCGCUGCUGGGCCAGCUCGGGGAGGUCGUGCUGGAGCCAGAUCUCGUCAGCUACAACGCGGGGUUGAGCGCGUGCGCAAGAGGCGGCGUUUGGGAGCAGGCGCUGCUGUUGUUGGACGAUCUGCGGGAGGCAGUCGCGGAGCCAGACAUAAUAAGCUACAACGCUGGCAUCAGCGCAUGCGCGACAGGUGGGCAGUGGGCGCAGGCGCUGUCGCUGCUCAGCAAGGUCCGGGAGGUCAGGCUGGAGCAGGACGUCGUCGGCUACAGCGCCGGGGUGAGCGCGUGCCAGGGGGACGCCGAAUGGGAGCGAGCGCUGCUCUUGCUUGGGGAGAUGCGGGGGGCGAAGCUGGAUCCUGA